CUCGAACUCCCAGAUAUCUGCCUGUUUCUGCCUCCCACGUGCUGGGAUUAAAGGCGUGUGUGUGCCACCACCGCCUUACUUUUAAUGAGAUCUUGGUUGUUCUGGUGGAAGCUUCACCCCCAGCCCCUGGCAUCUAUGUACCCAAAGAGUCUGAAAUGUCCUGGUGGAAGUUCCAACCCAAGCUUCUUCCCCCAUCUCUCUCCAAACCCUGCCAUAUCUCGGCCUGCCAAAUGAUGAGGGCUCUCCUAGAGAUGCUCAAGACCACUCCAACAGGGUAUUUAAACUACCCCCCCAGAAAACAGACAUAUGGUUUUCUGAUCUCUUUUUUUCUGUCUCUUUGGGGCGCUGGAAAAUCAUCCUGGAGCGUUUUAUCCCUUAAACUUGGACAUUAUCUAAUUCGGUUUGAUUUGGUCAGAUUCGGAUUGUUGCAUUGGGGAAGAGGCUUAUCAGGGUGCAGAAACUUUUCAUUGAUUACAUUCUACUGUUUAAAACUUUGUGUUCUCUUUGUAGUAUUUGAGACAGAGAGACAGUCUCUGUAUGUAGCCUUGGUAGCCUGGGACUCCGAGGCUGACUUUGAACCAAUCCUCUUGCCUGCACCUCCUGACUGCUGACAAUACAGGCUGGGCCAGUAAUAAAGGUGAAAAUUCCAAAAGAUAAAGAUGGCAAGUUGAAACAAUUUGCAUUUGUGAAUUUCAAACACGAAGUAUCUGUUCCUUAUGCCAUGAAUCUUCUCAAUGGAAUCAAACUUUUCGGGAAGCCCAUCAAAAUUCAGUUUCGAUCAGGAAGUAGUCACGCCUCUCAGGAUGCCAGUGUGUCAUAUCCCCAGCAUCAUGUCGGAAAUUUAAGCCCUACCUCCACAUCUCCUAACAGCUAUGAAAGGACAGUGGGUAACAUGACUCCAUCAGCACAGAUGGUCCAGAGGUCCUUCUCUUCUCCAGAAGAUUAUCAGCGGCAAGCAGUGAUGAACAGUGUUUUCAGACAGAUGCCAUAUGCUGGGAAAUUUGGUUCUCCACAUGCAGAUCAGUUGGGAUUUUCGCCGUCAGGUCAAUCACAUGGUCAUCCCUUUAACCAGUCUUCCAGCUCCCAGUGGCGCCAAGAUGCAUUGUCACUACAGCGUAAAAGACAGAAUUCUCACCCCUACCUGUCAGAUAGACACUAUAGUCGUGAGCAGCGCUACUCCGAUUAUGGGCCCGACUAUCAUUACAGAGGAGGCCGAGAGGAUUUCUACUAUGACGACAGGAAUCAUGAUGGCUGGAACCAUGACUAUGAUAGCAGAAGGGACAGUAGUAGAAGUGGGAAAUGGUCCUCAUCUCGACACUAGCAAGCAUUCCAAGGACAUUGUUUACAGGGCCAUUUUAGGCCCUUUUCAUUAAGUUGUUCUGGAAAUAUUUCUAAAACUGUACAGAGUAGCCCCACAGUUUUCCACCUGUCUUUGAAAAUGAGAAGUUUCUAAGCCUAGCAUCAGUUUCCUGGAGAAGGCAGAACUGUGCUCCACAUUUGUACCUCAGGGCUUCUGAAGAGGGCGGAUUCUAUACAAAGAAUGUCCCACCAUUCCAGUCACUUCAGUCUAGGGAAGAUGAACUGUAGCGAUUGGUUGUAUUAUAAAGCAAAUAUUUGAAUUAUCUCACCCUUUUGUGUUACAAGGAUUUUCUUGGUAAUGAAAUCAUUUUGGUGUAUAUAGUAGGAAGCAUCCAAGUUGGUAGUCUGAAAUGGCUAUCUGCAUUUUGUUAAUAAAUGAGAAAAUGGAACUCAGUAAACCGUUUUAUUAACAGUUUAUUUAAAACAGUUAAUUGGUUUUGUUUGGGGAUAAAUCAUAAUUUCUAAUUCAGAAUUUAAGUACAAAUUCUGUGGUAUGCUCUUGAAUUUUAUCACAAACAUACAUUAUAAAUCUAUACUAGUUCAUUCUAAGAACUUUAAAAUCCUUUCAUUAAAUUAUAUUUGAUGUAUGACUAGUCACUCAGGAAGUUAAAUAUCUACAUGUAUAUUUUUACAUAAGAAGACAGUGUUGAUAAAUUCUUUUUAGAGGAACAGCAAUGUUGAUAAAAUGGCAAAAUGUUUCACUGCAAGGAUUAUAGUUUUGAAAUUUUGUUUAACAAUACUUCAUGUUUCAAGAUGCUGAUGCCUGUUCACUGUAAAAUCGUUUUUAAGAAUUCUGUGAAAAAUGUGGAUCCUCUUUAUACCACAGCAUUUAUACUAUGUUCCUUUUUAAUAUAUUAAAUACAUAAAAAGAGAA